AGGGAAACAAGGUGUUCCAAUCUAACAUAAUCCAGAAGUCAAUUAUCUCCGAUUCACCAUUGCUCUCUUCUCCUAUUCGACGAUCUUCAAUCAUCAUCUGAUUUUCCAGAUAACAAUAAUAAUUGACCCCAUUUCCAUUCUCUCUCCUCUUUCACCAACGCUCAGCUUCUAAUCCUUUUAUUCUCUGGGGUUGGACGAAAGAUUUGAUUUGAUGGCAUCGACAUUUGUGAACAAUAACAUCCCCUGUAAUGCUGGAUCAAUCAAGGGUUUUAAUAAUUCUCAGAGAAAUUUGGGGUUUUGUUCAAAUUUUGGGUUUAAUUUUACGAAAACCCGAGUUUCUGAUUUUGGGAAUUCUGUCCGGAAAUUCCCUUCGUCAUUAGUGGUGAAGGCGAGCGAGAAGAGAGAGAAUUUGACUGAGCAGAAAACAGGUUUGAGUAUUGAAGAAUGUGAAGCUGCUGUUGUUGCUGGGAAUGCGCCUUCUGCUCCUCCUGUUCCUUCCACUCCUAAAGCACCUUCUGGCACACCUUCUAUCUCUCCCCUUUCACUAGGUCGGCGUCCUCGUCGUAAUAGGAGAUCAGCUGCAUUUAGAUCAGCAUUUCAAGAGACACAAUUAUCCCCUGCCAAUCUGGUUUAUCCAUUGUUUAUUCAUGAGGGAGAAGAGGACACGCCUAUUGGAGCAAUGCCUGGAUGUUAUAGACUUGGAUGGAGGCAUGGCCUUAUAGAAGAGGUAGCAAAAGCCCGUGAUGUCGGUGUUAACAGCAUUGUGCUCUUUCCAAAAGUCCCUGAUGCUUUGAAGUCACCCACAGGCAACGAGGCAUACAAUGAAAACGGUUUAGUGCCCCGGACCAUACGAAUGCUGAAGGACAAAUUUCCUGAUCUUGUAAUUUACACGGAUGUUGCCUUAGAUCCAUAUUCUUCAGAUGGGCAUGAUGGUAUUGUUAGAGAAGAUGGUGUAAUUAUGAAUGAUGAGACAGUGCACCAAUUAUGCAAACAGGCUGUUGCCCAGGCCCGUGCAGGAGCAGAUGUUGUCAGUCCUAGUGAUAUGAUGGAUGGUCGUGUAGGUGCAAUUCGUGCAGCACUUGAUGCAGAAGGAUUUUCUCAUGUUUCGAUCAUGUCCUAUACAGCAAAGUAUGCAAGUUCAUUCUAUGGUCCAUUCCGAGAAGCUCUUGACUCUAAUCCACGCUUUGGGGACAAGAAAACCUAUCAAAUGAAUCCAGCGAAUUAUAGAGAGGCUUUAAUUGAAACUCAAGAAGAUGAGUCAGAAGGAGCUGAUAUCCUACUGGUAAAACCUGGACUUCCGUACUUGGAUAUAAUCAGGCUUCUUCGGGAUAACUCCGCUCUGCCUAUUGCAGCAUAUCAGGUUUCUGGUGAGUACUCCAUGAUAAAGGCAGGUGGGGUUCUCAAGAUGAUUGAUGAGGAGAAGGUCAUGCUAGAAUCGCUUUUGUGUCUGCGUCGGGCUGGUGCUGACAUCAUUCUUACAUAUUUUGCCUUACAAGCUGCAAGAUGUUUAUGUGGAGAGAAGAGAUGAGUCCCUUUGUAGCUCACCAUGGACCGUAUCAUUGGAGAUGGGCAGUGAAAAUCGCAUUUAAGAGGGGUAGGGCAGGGGUAUGUUCCGAGAUUUAUUCUCCAUUGUUCUUGGUUGAGUGUUAUGUAGCUAGUUUUUAUCAGGCUUACAGGGUCCUCGGUAAGCAUAUUCGGGAAAUUAGAUAAAAGUUCAGGAGAGUCUCUACACAUUACAUUACUAACAUUGGACUGCAGGGGCUUGCAUCAGCCCCUUCCCACUAUUUGUAGAUGUCUUAUGGCAAUAAUAGUUAAAGGUUCUAGUAGGCAUUUUGGCUAAA